AUGAUGUCAUUGUCACGUGGAGAAAAACGGAGAAAAGAUGAGGAUGAUGAACGCGCUCAGGAAGGGGAUGAUGCCGAUGAACACGAUGAAGAUAGUCAGAGCGAAAGUCCUCAUUCUUCCUCGUCCUCCGAACAUCAUCCAAUCAAACCAGCAUCGACCUCACCACCUGCUGUUCGAUCGAACGAUGAUCUCGUUCCCGUUCGAAGUGCCUCGCCCAUCUCCCCAUCAUCAUCCCCCUCCGCAUGCACCAGCGCCAGUCUGACCAAAGAAACACUGAGUAAUUCAACACAUCGACAGCAACAUUUGUUUUCCCUUCCAUCGAAUGAACAUGAGAUGUCCGAAGCGAUGAAACAUGUCGUCGCCAGCGUCUAUUCCGAAGUAACUCCGCAAAUACGAGUAAAUCCGCAUUUAGUCCGAUCAUGGCCUAGACCUAUUUGA